AUGAAUUCAACAAAAUAUUUGCAAACCGAAUGGCUAAAAACACUUUUAGCUAAUAAUGAUAACUAUGAUAAUGAUCCUUAUAAUAACAUAACAUUCAGUAUACCAAAAGAUACUUUGUAUUUUGAGGGCUUGGAAUUUUUAGUAGAUAGCCGUGAAAACACAAAAUUAGUUCGAAAUCUUACACUAUCUUUAAAUAUUUGCAAAAAAAUCAAUCUUAUUAUUUAUAACAAUAACUCAAUUUCCAAUUUUGAGUUCUUAAGGCUAAAUAACAUUCAAGGUUUUGACAAUAAAUAUGAAGUUUUGAAUCAAUUUACAAAAUUAUUAAUACUUCUCAACUCAAGUGUUUUGGAACAGAUUAUUAUUGAUGUUAGUGGCGACCAGUUAACAAGACUUGAAAAUUUAAAUAAUACCCUAUUCACUGAAUUGUGUUUGUCUGGAUGCAAGAUUGUUGACACUGGAGCUCUAAGUAACUUCAAAUAUUUAAAAUUUUUAAAUUUAUCUGAUAAUCAAAUUCAAGACGUAUCACCUCUAUCAAGAUUAAGUGAUUUGAGAACUGUAAAUUUAAGUAGAAAUAGUAUCAGCGAUGCUUCUUUGUUAGGAAGGCUAAUCUAUUUAACUGAUUUAAACAUAAACAGAAACAGAAACAACAUAUCAAACAUUGAAUUUGAAAUUAAUUUAAAAGCAUUGAAAAACUUAUCAUUUUGGAAAAAUAAUGUUAAAAACAUUGAUAAUUUAUCAGGAUUAAACAAUUUGUAUUUUGAUUUUUCAUGGAGUGAAAUUGAAGUGUUUUCUAUUAAAAAUAUGGAAAAUCUUUCUAAGCUAAAAAUUACUCGAUUGAAUCAUAAUUUAUUAGUAGACUUUGAAGCUUUUGAAAUUCCAAGUAAUAUUGAAAAAAAUUAUUUAAAUCACAAAUCCUUUACAACAUCUUUAUAUUCAAUCUCGUUGUAA